AUGUCUCAAAAAUUAUCACCGAACAAUUCAUCCAAGAAAUCAAAAAUAUCACCAAAGGAAUUAAAAUGUAGCGAAAGCAAUAUAACCAAGCACAAUAAAUUGGACACACACAUCACACCAAAAGGGUCUUUCAAUGAACUUAAUUUAAUCAUACACGAAGCAAAAAGUAUCUCUGAUGAAUACAGUGCAUUAUUGAAGAAAGAUGAAAUUGAUGUUAAAAAAAUGCUUAUAGCUAUGCUAGAAAUGAACAGAUCUAUGUUAGAAAUUGUGACAAAACUUACGUCUGCUGUCGAACACAAAAAUGAUCUAAUCACCACCACUUUUAGUGAUCAAUUAAAAGAUAACACCACAUUUAUCAUAAAAGAGAUGAAUUAUGUGAAAAGAGAAAUGGACAUGAUCAAAAAGAACGAUGAAAUUGAGUGCGUGAAAACAAUUCAAGCUUGCUCUCGAGACUUAAAAAAGGUAUGGAUAAGAUUUGCAUCUGCUAAGGAUGCUACAGAUAUGAGAAACGCAAACAGUCAUGCAGCAAUUCAAGGAAUAUUCACUCAUAUGAAUAUUAAACUGGAUAUGACUCAUUAUCCUUUAGAAACUUUCUUCUUCCAAAACAGACGAUUUUCACGAGAUCAAAUGAUUCCUGAAACAGCUUUAUGUUGUGUAUUUGCCAGUUCAGCGCUGGCAACAAUUGUUAAAAACAGCAUUAGAAAUUUCAACAAAUUUCUCAUCGAUAAAAAGCAAUUGAAUCUUAUAAAGUACACCACAAGCGCUGACUGGUCAUUUAAUAUUCGCCAAAUUCUGAAGCCAUGCAUAGAAAUGAAGAGAUUUGAAGUUGUCGAAGGUGUAUUGGUGACUAAUGAUGGAAUUAAAGUGUAUCAUAAAGAGAUUGUGCAUGAAAAACAAAAAUCCAAAUCAACUUUUGUAAAUUCCAUGAAUGAACUUGAUAUCCUGCGUAAAAUCCUGUUUGACUUCAAUUACACUGUACCAGCAAAGGAAGCCUACAACAAAGAAUAUUUUGGAAACAGUUUUGAAGAAAGAAAAGCAAUAAGAAAUAAUUACUUUGAAAAUCUGGGCGACGGAGGUGACGAAUAUGAAAUCAGUGAUGAAGAUUGUAUGGAUUUGUAG